AGCAACCUGCCCAAAUCACACCACCAGCUGCCUAUGGGUAUCACACUCUGACUGAAGCACCGCCUUUUUCCUUCCGUGGGGGUGCCGCCCUUCCUUGAUCAGAGCAGAGACCUCUACUGUAGGCGAACGAAACAGCGGCGGAACCAUAUGAGCAGAAGACGGACGAGUUUUUGGAUAAGAUAGCACAGUUUCGUGUACACGGUGUAUGGCUCACAUCAUCACCCCUCCCUAAAUCAGUGUUAUGCAGAAAAGAAGCCAAAUCGACACUAUGUCAGGAUCCGGAGUGUGGAAGUUUCAAUCGGACGGAGUAAUCAGUGUGGAGGAGAACCCGGUGGCUGAUACAUCUAUUCCUGGCCCAUCGAUGGGGCUCAAGGUCCUUCUGUACAGUGCAACCAAUGAAUACAUUUCGAACCUUGAGCAGCUCGAUGCCAAGCUAUUUGGGCUUGGAUGGCGUGAAUACUUCAGAAACAAGUACGUUCGACAAUAUCACCGUAGUGACGAUACGUGUGAUCUCAUCACAUUACCCGUACUUUUUAGGAACAUACGCACCACGCACAUGUAUGAUAUUGUCGUGAAGACCAGGUCAGCCUUUCAGGUGCGUGAUGCGUAGUUCAUAAAUGGAACGAAACUGCGGCAACACAGAAACUGACUCCCUGAUCUAUGAUGAAAUUGUGAUUCGACCUUCACAUUAAUCUGAGCUGCAAAUCUGGAGUUACGCUUAGGAACUCUUACUUUGUUCUUCAACCAACGCUCAUCAACCACCUCCGUCUCUUCAACAUGGCCUCUUCGAUACCUUCUCUGAAGAUGAGGAAUACUGCGUUAUUUACAAACACAAGAGGAGAAUCCAUACCUAGGUUAAGCAAUUUUGCGUCACACAGUUGAUAUUUUUAAGAUAACGUUCAGAAAUAUACAUCGCGUUGUAGAGACUGUAAAAGAGUUUCCCCGAAGGUCAGUUGCAUUGGCGUUCAACGUGCACCAGUCUUAAUGAAAUCAUCACUCAUGCGAAUUGUGUAUCGUCCAA